GUCUGUCCAUUAUCUGAAUCCAGUAAAAUGAACUCCAGUGGAACAAGCCCAUCGUAGACGGCUUUGCUCCCCACACCACUUACAAGUAUGGAGGUCAGUUCCCUGCUCGUCCUGACAAUGUUAGAUUCGAAGAUGUGGACGAUGUUGCUCGAAUUCGAGAUAUGGUCAUCGUCGAGAGCCGAAUUCGUGAUGCCAUUGCCCAUGGCUAUGUAAUUGAUAGCCACGGCAAACAGAUUGACAUCAGUAAUGAGAGAGGCAUUGACAUUCUUGGGGAUGUUAUCGAAUCAUCACUGUACAGCCCCAAUGUGCAGUACUAUGGAGCUUUACAUAACACUGCCCAUAUUGUACUAGGUCGUCAAGGUGAUCCUCAUGGAAAGUUCGAUUUACCCCCUGGUGUGCUGGAACAUUUCGAAACUGCCACCCGUGAUCCCAGCUUCUUCAGGCUUCACAAGUAUAUGGAUAACAUUUUCAAAGAACACAAGGACAGCCUACCUCCAUACACCAAGGCCGAUUUGGAAUUCUCAGGGGUGUCUAUCUCGGAGCUAUCCGUUGAAGGUGAACUGGAGACCUACUUUGAAGAUUUCGAAUACAGCCUUAUCAACGCAGUUGAUGACGCUGAAGGAAUCCCGGAUGUAGAGAUCAGCACAUAUGUGCCACGUCUAAACCACAAAGAUUUCACUUUAAAAUUGACAUAGAGAAUGGAGACUCUGAUAAAUUGGCUACAGUUUCGUAUCUUUGCCUGGCCUCAUAAGACAACAACGGAAUCGAAUUUACAUGUGACGAAGGUCGCUGGAUGCCAUCGAGUUGGAUAAGUUCUGGGUAUCAUUGAAGAAAGGAAAAAAUUCGAUUGAGCGCAAGUGCUCGGAAUCUUCGGUAACUGUCCCGGAUGUCCCAAGCAUAGAUACACUGUUUGCAAAGAUCGAGGCAGGAGGCGCUGGCCUUUCCGAAUUCGAGAGUGCAACAGGCCUGCCAAACAGGUUCCUUCUCCCCAAGGGCAACGAUAGAGGUCUGGAGUUCGACCUUGUGGUAGCGGUUACUAAUGGUGAUGCCGA